AUGUCGGAGAUAUCGAUUAAGAAAGUUGAACGACGCGAUGAUGCUGCCGUGGAAAUGUCGUCUCGUCCUUACACUCCUGGGAAACACCUCGCAAACCCUGCGCCAUUAGCAAUGGGCGGAUUCGCAACAACCCUCCUCUCCGUCUCGCUGGCGAUGAUGAAUUUCCGCGGCGUCUCGAACCAGACAAUUUUUGUUGGAGAUCUUUGUUUUGCAGCUUGCAUUGGGUUAUUGAUUUCUGCGCAAUGGGAGAUGGUUCGCGGCAAUACCUUCUCUUAUACAGUUUUAUCUGCCUAUGGUGAGUUCUAUCUAGCCCCCGAGGGAGUGAAUAUCCACCCACCCGCCAUGUCUCGCCAUCGUCUUCAUUUUCUAACAAUCCGGCAUAAAAUAGCAAUGUUUUACGGUGGUUAUGGAGCGACUCUAAUUCCUGCAUUCGGAAUUAUCGAUGCCUACGGUGGAUUUACGUCGGAGUAUUAUAAUGCCUUGGGCUUUUUCAUCCUUUUGUGGGGUGUUUUCAACCUCUUUUUCUUGAUCGCCAGUAUUCGACUCAACGUGGUUUAUAUCAUCAUUUUCCUCUCGCUCGAAUUAUGUCUCAUCUUCGAUGCUGCCUCCCAGUUCAAGCGCGCCGACGGCAUGAUUGAAACCAGCGAGACCUUUUCGAAGGUUGGCGGUGCUUUUGCAUUUGUGGCCAGUAUUUUCGGGUAUUAUACCGUGCUGCAUUAUUUGUGCCAGGAGUCUUUGCCAUUUACUGUUGUUAUGGGGGAUACUUCCAGGUUCUUUGACAGACGUGCUCGGAUUCCUCCUGCGGGUGAGAAGGAGAGAGAUGACAUUGUUUGA